AUGAAGUUGCAAUAUAUUACAUCAGUACUGAUCAUUUCUAUUCUGAUCCUCAAUGUUUCAGCUGCUCCAACCUCAAUUGGAAGAUUUGUACAAAGUCCAGUGGUCUAGAAUCUCUUCGACUGGCUUGCACUUCUUACAGCUGAUAUCACCUAUUAUCUCAAUUACCUUACUCUUUCAGCCUAUUGUGACUGGUAUGUUUCCAAGUAAUUCUCUACCUAUGCAAAAAAAGAUAUUGUAAGACUCUGCAUGAGAAGCAUAAAACUGGAAAUGGAAAAGAACUUUGGAUAUUAUUGA